AUGGCAGGGCCGCGCGCGCCCAUCGGCACACUCUCACAGCACGCGGCCGCCGCAUCCAACCUGGUCCGUAAGAUGGUGCCCGGCCGGUUCCGCGGCGAGCAGGGCCGCGAUCGCAAGCCUGAGCCCGUCAAGGACGAGAGUGACAGUGAUUCCGACAGCACUUCCGAGACCAGUUCCGAAACUGAUACAUCUACCGGCAGCGAGGCCGAUAACAGCACCUCAAAAACUGGGCCGAGGGCUUGCGAAACAAGGCGAAGCCAAAUGGCGUUAAAUUUGAGCCGAAGAAAGUCCGAGAACACCAAGGCCAAUCCCAAGGACAAGAUUGAUGUUGACGAGGAGUCGGAGUCGAGCUCCGAGAGCGAGUCGGACGAUGAGAUGGCAGAUGCUCCUCCCAUGAAGGCCCCGCCUAGCCCGAACACAAUCAGGCGCUCCAUGGCAGCCCAUACCUCGGAGUCCAGCAGCUCCGAGUCGAGCGAUGACGAGAUCGUCGAAUCAGAUGAAUCGGAAGACGAAAAGCAGGCUGAGGCUGAGGCUGAGAGUGAGAGCGAGAGCGAAGAGGAGGUUCCCCCCAAGCAGCAGACCCAGCCGGUGAAGCUGGCUCCCAAGGAAGCACCCAAGAGUAAGCCCUUUACCAAUGGCACCAAGAGCAUGGAAUUUGUCAGUGUGUCCGAGUCCAGCUCGGAGAGUGAUGAGGAAGAGGAGCCGACUAAGACUGUUGCAAAGGACAAUAGCGCGCCUCGCGAUUUCAUCUCCCAGGGUUUUUACCUUCGCAAGGCUGAGGAAGACCUCGAUGCCGCUGCCGUGGCCGCAGCUUUCAAAAAGGCUAAAGCCGAGGGCAAGCAAAUUUGGUACUUUACUGCGCCUAAGUCGGUCCCCAUUGAAGUUAUCCAGAAGGCAACCAUCCCCCUGGACAAGGUUGCUGCCGGUUUGCCCAUUCUCUCUCACGACGGCACUGAGUAUACGGGCACUUUCGAGACGCCCGUUAACCACCAGAUCAAGAUCCUCGUGCCCGGAAAAUUGGGCAACAAGUACGAGACGCUUAGCAACUCGGUCGACAAGGUCUUGCACAUCACCCGCGUCGCCCGCUUUAGCGAGGCUAACGAGUCGAAGUCGACUACUGCUGUCGUCCCUGCUACCUCGAAGGCGCCCCGCACGCAGCCUAAGGGCCUCAAAGCGCGUUAUCGGCCCAUCGGUGUCACCAGCGGGGCCAUGGGCAGCAUCGGCGUGGAUGACUCUGCCAGCGAGAGCGAUGUAGAGAUUACUCAAGCUCCUUCGCUGGACGCUCCCAUGUCUACGGAUGACUCCAAAAAGGCCACCAAGAAACGCAAGCACGGAGACGUAGAGAAGAACACGCCCAACGGCAAGGACCAUGCUGCCACCACACCCGCCAAGAAGUCCAAGAAGGCACGCGUCGACAACACCAACACCCCGACAGUUCAUCCUGUUUCCAGAUCUUCCAAGGAAACGCCCAUCGCACCCCCGCCUGUUCCCAGCACCGACAGCGUGAGCAAGUCGUCUUCGGCCAAGAAGGGUGCCUCCAGCAAGCCGAAGAAGAAUCCCGCCGAGCUGCCCAAGCCAACUAAAGUGGGUUCUUCGGAUGGCUUCGGCUCCGGUGCUAGUUCUGGAUCUGGAUUGGGGGUUAGUGAUUUGAUGGGUACGGCUGCGCUAACUACCACGGCAGCGGACACCACGGUGACGGAAGCGAGUGGAUGGCAGUCGAUGUCAGCGCAAAAGAAGAGAGAGACUGCGGUGCCCACAGCACGUCAAAUUCAGGCUUUUGGGGCUUGUGGUCGGGGAACGAUGAUGCUGUGCACCCCGAUAAAGGCUGACCCUGUUGGCGGCGAUGUAGCAAUGAAGGGGACUGGCAGUAGCAGCAUCACUACCCCGGUCAAGAGUACGACAGCUAUGAGCUUGAUGCCGAAGACGGCCGUUCUCAUGCCCGUUGCCGAGGCCCGCUGGACACCAAUUCCGAUCGCGGGAGUGAAGAAUCGCAGAUCGGUUUUUUCUUCGUCUCCUCGGGACUCACCCCAAUCCUCUAGCGUUGCGGUUGACUCUACCCAGCGAAAGCAGCAAGAUACGGUGGCCUCGAUUUCAAACCCUUUCACUUGCGCCGGUACUGUCGCCCCUCCUACUUCAACUGCACCUGCGUCGCUUGCCAUUCCCCGCUCUGGUGUUGGUCCCCUCCAGACUCAUCACGCUUUUGCUCAGGGGCUUCCUCCAACCCAGCCGCAACCUCUCAAGGGAAUUCUCAAGACCCCUGAGCGGCAUCAGAAGCAGCGAGUUGUCAUUAAACGGGAAGAACUGUCAGAUAUAGGGUGGGACGGCUUGACCGACGGAGGUAAUGGCAAUGCUAAGCCUCGUAGUAGUCGUAGUGAUGGGAAGACCAUAAACAAUAAGAAGAAAGAGAAGAAGCUGAAGAAGGAGAAAAACGAAGCGAAGCUGUGUGACCAAGCCCAAGGCGCGGGACCGCAUGAUGAACUGACGGAUUAG